AUGCGUUUCUCAACUCUUGCUGUGGUCCUUCCCUUCACUAGGGGAGUCGCGGCUUUGAGUCGCAGGGCUGACAAUAAUGCUAAUGCGGCUCCUAUAGUAGGAAGCUAUAUCAUUGAAUAUGCACCUGGUCAAGCGCAUCGACGUGAUGGCCUUGCGGCCGCCGAGGGCGUUCGGAUCGUCAAGUCUUUCGAAAGUCCUGUCUUUACUGGUGCCACCAUCGAGACUAACUCCUACAGCAUCAAUGCACUUCAAGCUUUACCCGAUAUCCUCCAUGUCUGGCCUAACGAGAAAGUUUACCUAGGCCCCGUUGAACCACAGAUCAUCAGUGAUCUGCCGGCUAAUCUCAACUACACCACUCACAAUGUCACGGGGGUGAGCAAGCUGCACGAGGCUGGUAUUUUUGGUAAGGGUGCGAAAGUCGGCGUUGUUGAUACGGGUACCUGGUAUAACCACACCGCCCUUGGUGGUGGUUUUGGUCCUGGCUUCAAGGUGGCGGGUGGAUGGGACUUCAUCGGUGACGGAUACUGGCCUAGCGAAGAUAAAAAGCCCGAUGCUGACCCUCUUGAUCACAUUGGCCACGGAACCCACGUCGCUGGUAUCAUUGCGGCGAAAGCAGACACAUGGACUGGUGUCGCUCCUGAAGCCACCUUAUACUCAUAUAAGGUUUUCCCUUCAUAUCAGGAUUACACUGAUACCGCAACGCUUAUCGACGCAUUUCUACGAGCCUAUGAUGACGAGGUUGACAUCGUAACUGCUAGUAUUGGCCAACCUGGUGGGUGGUCGACCGGCGCUUGGGCUACAGUCGCAUCUCGUCUCGUCGACGAAGGCAUCCUCGUCACUAUCUCCGCCGGAAACUCAGGUGACCAGGGUCCUGUUUAUGGUAGCGAUGGAUCGUCUGGCACGAACGUCCUUGCGGUUGCAUCGGUCGAGACGGAAGCGUUCCCUGAAUUCCCGUUCGGAGCGAACUUCACACUUGAUGGAGUCACUAACACAACCACUCUCGGUUACCUUCCAUCGACGAACUACUUUCCUUUGAAAGUCGUGGGGUGGCCCAUUGUACCUUUGGCUUUUAACACCUCCGACUCCGCCGAGGCAUGUGAGCCAUACCCCGAAGGCACGCAAAACCUAACGGGCAAGAUCCCCCUUGUUCGACGCGGUACCUGCCCAUUUGCCACCAAGCAGAGCAAUCUAGAGGCACUAGGAGCAGAGUACAUGUUAUUCUACAACAACGAGAGCCCACUAAUCCAACCCGGAACAACGGAUGACGACACCCUAAUCGCGCUCGUCGUGGCGGAGAUUGGAGAAGCCAUUAUUGACUUCGUGAAAAAGAACGGCACUGUGACUGCUGACUUCUCUGUCAACCCCGAGAACCCAAUUGCCUACUCGAACCCAUUCGCUAAUAAACCGGACACCUUUACGCAAUGGGGACCGUCUUAUGACUUGGACUUCAAGCCGGAUAUUGCUGCGCCCGGUGGUAACAUCUUCAGUACCUAUCUUAACGGCGACUACGCCAUCAUGAGCGGGACAUCUAUGGCGGCACCAUAUGUUGCUGGCGUAGCAGCGCUGUAUAUCGGGACCUUCGGUGGUCGUAGCGUUCACGGUAAGGGUUUCGCGCAGACAUUGCGCAAAAGAAUUAUCGCCAGUGGAGCUGCGCUACCUUGGUUCGACGGUACAGAUACGGAGUACAACUUCACCGCCAGCGUGGCGCAAGUCGGCAACGGGCUAGUCAACGGAUUCAAAGUCGUGAAUUAUAGCACCAUGAUUGAAUAUGAGAAGUUCAACCUGAACGACACUGCCAACUUUAAGGAGUCACACCCUGUUACCAUCACGAAUAAUGGUGCGAGUGAUGUCAGUUACAGCUUUUCCACCCAGAGCGCUGGCGGCGUCGAGGUCGUUGGCUAUCUCAGUGCCGAGGGUGGAUACUCGAGACGAGUGAAGAAGUUUGAUGAAUUGGAGCCUUUAGAGUUAAAUGUCGAUAUCAAUCUACCUGAAGACUUCACUUUGAAAGCUGGCGAGAGCAGAAUUGUGUCCGUCGACUUCGUUAACCCUCAAGGUCUUGGCUGGAAUGCAUCCGCCUUCCCUGUAUAUAGCGGGAAGGUUAUUCUCUCUUCCAGCACCGGAGAACAACUCUCCUUCCCCUAUUUGGGUCUCGGCGCUGACUUGAAGGGGGAAUUACAAUCCGUCUAUUAUCCCGGUUACCCCUUUUCGAAGUCCUCUGUCUAUGGUAACGACAUCAAGAACAAAUCAUCCUACACGUUCAAUCUCAGUACAUCUUCUCAAGACUUCCCAAAGAUUUAUUAUCAGCUUAUCUGGGGUAUCAAGGAGACCCGCUGGGAUAUAUACGAGGCCGGUUGGAACGAGAGCCAAUGGAAAUAUCCACCCGUUGAAGGCGAGAAUGGUUAUAUCGGACCAGCUGCCUCUUGGAAUGGUACCGCCAAUUACUUCAACCCAUCGAUAUAUAACCCGAAUGACGCUUUCACCUAUCCUCGCACCGACAGCCUCCGCGGAGGUGGAGAGGAUUGGUGGUUCGGGAGACUGGGUAAUGGUAGCCAGAUUGCGAAUGGCAACUACACGUGGCGUUAUGCUACGCUGAGACCGUUCGGAGAUCCGACCGUUUCGGAAGACUGGGAUAUCUAUAAGACUCCUCAGAUUUCAGUUCUGGGACACUAUUAG